AUGCCUCCUAAGAAGUCUGCCAUUCUUGCGUCCGCCUCGAAGGCCGGUAAGAAGAAGAAGUGGUCGAAGGGCCGUGUUAAGGACAAGGCCCAGAACGCCGUCCACCUCGACAAGCCGCUGUACGAGAAGGUCAUCAAGGAGGUGCCCACCUUCAAGAUGAUCACGCCGUCGGUGCUGAUUGACCGUCUGAAGAUCAACGGCUCGGUCGCCCGCCUCGCCAUCCGCCACUUUGAGCGUGAGGGCCAGAUCAAGCCCCUGAUCCACCACCACGGUCAGCUGGUCUACACCCGCACCGGCAGCGACUAA